AUGAAUAUCGAAAAAUUAAACCGCCAAUUACUAUCCGAUAACCUUUCUUUUUCGCUGAAAUGCCCGUGGUGUUUGAAAAUUAUUACUGCUCAAAAUUUUUCCGAAGAAAAAUUGGCGGUGGUUUAUCUCCAAAAUUAUUUUACUAGCCAAGAAAAACAAUACAAGGAAAAAUUGUUAGCCGAAAUGCAAGAAGUUAUUGAGAACUCUCCCUUAGUUAUCCAAUUGCGAGAAGAAAAUAAUGCUUUAAAAUCUUUUAUCGAAGGCUAUAAAUUAGGCAAAGAAUUUGUGAAACCAACUCAAAAAGGCCAGGAAUUUGAAGAUUUUGUUCAUGAAAAACUCCAAGAAAUUUUUAGCGGUAAUGAUAUCGUUGAAAAUGUUACUCAUGCUCGCACUUCGGCAGGAACCCGUGCUGAUAUUUUACAAAUUGUCCGAGGAGGAAACGAAUUGGAAAAGGUGGUCGGAAAAAUAAUUUACGAAGCCAAAAAUACGGAAAGGUGGGAAAAUAAAGAUUUUGGAGUUCGUUUGUUUAAUGUUCCCGAAGAUCCGCAAAGCAAGAAAACAUUGGCUGAAAAAAGAAGAGAGUUUCGGGGAAAGAGGAGAUUAUUAAAUCGCCGGUAUUGUCGAAAAGAAGAUUUAAAAAAGUUUUUCGGAGAGAUUUUUGGAAAUGAUUUACUUCAAGAAUUCAAAAAUUUUACGGAAAAGAAAAAAACCACUAAUUUAUUAAAGUAUGAUGAAACUAAGUUUUUUAAUCCUUAUGUUGUUAGAUGCAAAGCCUUAAAUGAGAAAAUUGAAUUAGUAGAACUAUUGUUUAUACUUCUUCAUAUUGAUAAAAACCGAGGAUAUAGGGAUUUUUGGGAAAAUUUAGAUGGUAAUCCAGAAGAAAAGGACAAGGAUGACAAAGAAACUAAAACUGCGGUUCAAGCCACAAAGAAAUUAUUCGAAGAAAAUAAUUAUAAGUCAGUGGCAGAAAUGAUAGUUAAAAACGAGAAAUUUCGCCAUUCUCGAUACCAAAAUUUACUUUCACCUCACAAUCAUAAACCAGAAAAAAUAAAGUGUUCUAACUGCCGUAAAGAAGUAAAAGAAAGUGAAACAAAAUUGAUUAAAGAAAAUUUCUCAAACCUUGCUCUUGCCUACUGCAAAGUUUGUGUAGAUAAAAAUUGCAAAGAUAAAAUUGAGGCAAAGAAAGAUUAUAAACAUUUCAUCUUCUCUCGUAAAUUUUUAGAAGAAGAAACUCAAAAAAUUCUAGAAAAACAAAGCGAAAUCGAAUGUUAUUCGCAAUUUAAAAGAAAAUUUCCCUACACAUUACGAGAAAACGGAAAAACCGAAAUAAAAGAAUUAUCGGCUCAAGAAAUCAUUAAGAAAAUAAUUUUUCGUCAAAGAGAUUUUGAGGAUGGACCUGGUCCGCAAGACAAGGAAAAGAGGAAUUUAAGAAAAGAAAAACUAGAUGACUUGUUAAAAAAGCACAGUUUAGACUUUUUUGAAAACUGCUCGGCAAUAGAUAAUUUACAAAAAUACAACAAAGAAAGGUCGCCGGCUUCGGUUUCUUUCCGUUAUAUGGUUGAAACAAUUAGAGCAUUUUUGGAUGGUCAAAAAUAUGGCGAAUUUCAAGCAGGGUUUAAGAAAAAAAUAGAAAAGGAUUUAAAAAAUAAAAUAGUAGGAACAAGCAAUAAAAACGAAAAAAUGUGGUCUCCAUGA